GUUUCCUCCUAUCAGAACUGCUCUUGAUCCCCUUGUUGACAAUCCUCUCCUCCUCGGCAUCUUCCGCCUCCCUCCUCCGCUUUAACACCCGCAUGUCAUUCUCCUUCACUGCCCCCACUUCAACCAAUAGGUUAUCCAACUCGAGCAUGCUCAUCCUUGGCCCACCCACCGUCAUAAGCGUGACAAUCUGCUUGACAAUAUCCCCGUUUUUGUAAACCAAGAUGGUAGGGCAGUUCUUCUCGGGGUACCCCUCGAUCGCUCGGUUAGCGGGCAUCUCGCAGAACUUGAUGUCACCGUAUUCCUCUGCUGCCUGACGCCACAGUUGGCCCAGAACGCGGGACUCGACGUUGGUGGAGAGGGAGGAGGCGAGGUGGACGAAGACGGGGCCGUUGUUGGAGGCUUCGGUUACGUCGCGUUGGUAGUCUGGCUUGGAUAGGGGGUAGACAGAGCCGUGGAUGGACUUUUUGGAGAGGGCCGAUAGCUCCUGGAGGCGUUUCUGGCGGUAGGAUUCAAGGAAAUCUUCGUCUUCUUCGUCUUCGAGAGAAUCGAGGUCCGAGAGGUCUUUGCCUUCGAGGCGGUUUUCGUGGGCGAGGCGGCGGGCUUCGAGGAUGGCUUCUUGGAUCAUGGGGGUGGGGGAGGGUGGCUUUUCGGGGAUGAUUUUGUGUUUGCGGAGGAUUUCAUUCCUUAUAGGGGUUAGUUGAUUGUAGGGUGAGGAUGAAGAGGUAUUACUGACCAUUCUGUGUCGGCGUUGGGGUCGUCGAUGGGAACGGCGAUGCGCUGGUCCAUUGGAGCUGCCAUCUUGAGGGAUGUGUUUGAGGUUGCCCUCGUGCUGUGCUUCUAGUGAAUGGUUUUCUGUUGAAUUGUAGAUAGAUUACGGUCAAUGUUGCUUCUAACUUCAGCCCUGUAUCCCGUUGUCGUCACCCAAUGUCGCCAGUACAGUAUUGUUGCUGCCUUGAUGCUUCACAAGGAGCAUUCAUUCAUCGCCCCUAUUGUCAAGGUAAGCUCCAGCGAGUACGUACCCAAAGUGACGACCCGCCCCGCCUUUGUAGCCUGGACCCCACCAUGGACCUCUUUGCUCUCUGCUGAGUUGGAGGCAGGCCCCACUUGCACUGUACGGCGCAUUUCAUUGGCUCACGGAUCGAGCCCUAACUCCAAGGCCAAUUUUGCGAUUUGCCGCUCACGCACCCAAAUUUUGCCUUUGGUCUCUCGAGUAGCUGGGCCUUCGAAAAUCCCCUCCGCAACCGCCAACAACGAGCGUAGAUUCUGCCGCCAAACCACCCCAGAUCUCAUCACCACCCAAGGCUCGUUGUCCGAUUCAUCAAGAGUAAUACUCUCAAAAAUCAGUCAAGAUGGUUCUCGCCGUUGAUCUCAUCAACCCCAGCCCCGCUGCUGAGGCCCGCAAGCACAAGCUCAAGACCCUUGUGCCCGCCCCCCGCUCCUUUUUCAUGGACGUCAAGUGCCCCGGAUGCUUCACCAUCACCACCGUCUUCUCCCACGCCCAGACCGUCGUCAUCUGCCAGGGCUGCACGACCGUCCUCUGCCAGCCUACCGGUGGUAAGGCCAGACUCACCGAGGGCUGUUCUUUCCGCAGAAAGUAGAUGGCUUCGUUAGCUGUUUUCUUUUUCUCGGCAUAAUGGCAUGGUAAAUGGGAUCAUCUCGGUAUCUGCGGCUACUUCCAGUCGGGGCGUCUAGACAUUACUCUUGAUCGUCAAUCAAAAUCAUUUGCGGACAUCCACCAACUACCACGCGCAGCACCAUGGAAGGCGUUAGGGGGUCUGGAAAUCUUUUGUCUUGGUCGCCUUCUUCGACUUUCAUCCUGCGGUGUGCUGCGUUUUCCUGACGUCGUGUUGUCUUUGCUGUAACGGGCAGGUUUAUACUGCGUGGGAGGGAUCAAUCAGCGCAAAGCCAGUUUUUACACGUGCUUGGGACCAAUAUCUACCUUUGCGGGUGGGAUGUGGUUGGCAGUCGCCGCUGAAUGCGAGAUCGAGGAUCGCCAAAAGUCUUGGUUCAGUAGACAAGGUAGAGGAGGAAUCUUUGUGCUUUGUUAUGAAUUCAGGAGAGGCUCCAUCAUGCAUUUUCGAGUCCCCUCAGUGAUUUAGCUGCUGUGUCUGCAUUUGACUCUGGCUAGCCUGUUUUCAUGUUUGCGGUUGAUAGUCGACGUCCGGCUUUGCUAUUAUGAAGAGAAGCA